AUGAAAUUCUCUACUGUUGCUUUAUCUUUGCCAUUAAUUGCUAUGGUUCAAGCUGGUAUUUCCAGUCCCACCUAUUACAAGCCAGAACACAAUGAAGAACAUGGGGUUGAAACUGUUGAAUUUGAAUUUGCUUUAGGUGUUAGAGAAAAAUGUGAUGAUAGCAUCAUUUACUUGGUUUAUGAAGUUGAUGAUGGUCAAUUGGAACGUAAUGAUAAGAAACUCGAUUGCAACUGCAAAUCAGAAAGAGUUUCCCGCCCAGCACCAAGUCCAUCGGCAAUUGCUGUAGUUGGUGGUAAUGAAGAAUGUGAUGAAGAUUGUGAUGACGAACACAGAAAGAAGGGGUCCAAACAAUACAAGCGUGGUGAAGUCGAAAACCCACGUGAAACUAGGGAUUGCGACUUCUGUACUAUUGAGAAAUCUUUCUGUCAAGAUCAUUUCACUUUAUGUGAAGGUGUUUUGAAAGAUCAACAUUCUGCUAUUGGUUCAAUUGUUUCCAACCAUCAAUUCCAAUUUGAUAAACCAGCCCAAAAGGAUGCCUUACAUACUUGUGGCUGGUCAAUUGUUGAAAAAGAUUGUGUUAAAUUGUUAGCAGUUGAUGGUUGUACCGAUUUCUGGGAAUGUCCAGUUGAUGAUUGUGAUACUUACAAAUUAUAUAAUUCAGCAAUUGAUGCCAAAUGUAAGGAAAUUGAAAUCAUUGUUAUUUUAUUGGAAGAAGAAGAAGAAAGAAAACACAAAUCAUGGUAA